AUGUCUACUCAAAUAAGCGCUUUGUUAGUCGCCGUACUGCUGACGAUGGCCCAAGCCCAAGGUGUCAUUCUCAAAGCACAGGGUCCUGCCGGUCCUGCAAGCCCUGGGAUGUCAGUCAACCAGAACCAGGCCGAUGCAAAUAUCAUUAAUAGGAAAGAAAUCGUUUCCAACGUUGUCAACGAAUGCGGUAGAACCAUACGCCAGGGAAACAUUGAUAUUGGAGAGGAGACUGAGAACCACCUGGGAAAUCAGACCGUCACGCAGGUCACGGCUGGGGCCACGGUUGAUGUGAUUAUUGCCCAGGUCAGCGUCGACGGAGCCGGGCCCUACACCUGCGACCUCGACUUAACUAGCAACUCAAACGGUGCUUCAGGCCAGACUAAUCUUACGAUUCUGGAAUCUAAGCCACACAACGGACUAAUCACACUCAAAGUCAAGAUGCCCACUGAUAUGGCUUGUGUAGGAGCUUCAACUGGGAAUGUUUGUACUGUCCGCUGCUUUAAUAAUAACGCAAAAGGCCCCUUCGGUGGCUGCUUCGCUGUCCAGCAGACCGACAUAACGCCUAAGCAAAACACACCGGGCAACAUUCCAACCGCUGCCACACUUCAGGGUGUUCUCACCCAGGUACAGAAGGAUAUAGUUGACUUUCCGGCUGCUGUCAAAUCCAACCAAGAGGCUGCGACACAGGGCGAGCAGGGUCUAACCGCUGUUAAGGAACUUCUUGCCAACUCAACCCAAAAGGCUGCCGGCCCGGCUGCCGCUGCUAUUAACGCCGGCAACAGCAACAACAACAACAACGGCAACGGAAACACCAAUAAUGCCGGCAAUGCCAACACCGGCAGGCCAAGGGCCAAGGCUGGCGGUAAGGGCAAGGGCGUAGCGGGUUUUACUGCCUUGCUAAAUGGUGCUGGUGGCGGAGGUGGUGACCGCCAGAGACCCCAACAAGCUAAUAGUAAGCGGGAGCAGCUCCUUAGCUCUCGUUUCGCUAGGAGGAACAUUUUUGGCCGUGUUGAGUAA